CUGCCCAGCUUGACCUGCUGGUGCGCGCUCCGCUCCUCGCUCUCCCGAGUGCUCAGGCAUGGAAGAGGAGGAGUGCAGGGUGCUCUCCAUCCAGAGCCAUGUCGUGCGGGGCUACGUGGGCAACAAGGCGGCGACUUUCCCCCUACAGGUGUUGGGCUUUGAAAUAGAUACUGUGAACUCUGUCCAGUUUUCAAAUCAUACAGGUUAUGAUCAUUGGAAGGGACAGGUGUUAAAUUCAAAUGAACUACAUGAACUGUAUGAAGGACUGAAACUAAACAAUGUCAAUCAUUAUGACUAUGUACUUACUGGGUACACACGGGACAAAUCAUUCCUUGAAAUGGUGGUUGAUAUUGUUAAAGAGCUAAAGCAACAAAACUCCAAUCUGGUAUAUGUGUGUGAUCCUGUGAUGGGUGACAAGUGGAGCGGGGAAGGCUAUAUGUAUGUUCCAGAGGAUCUCCUUCCAGUGUAUAAGGAUAAUGUGGUACCUGUAGCAGAUAUAAUAACACCAAAUCAGUUUGAGGCUGAGUUACUUACUGGCAGGAAGAUACACACUGAAAAAGAAGCAAUAGAGGUAAUGGAUAUGCUCCACAGUAUGGGACCAGAAACCGUUGUAAUCACCAGCUCAAAUCUUCAGGCACCUUCAGGAAAUGAUUAUCUGAUUGCAUUAGGAAGCCAAAGGAGAACUACAGCAGAUGGCACCAUAGUGACACAAAGGAUCCGAAUGGAGUCUCCCAAAGUAGAUGCUGUCUUUGUUGGAACAGGAGACCUAUUUGCUGCCAUGCUCUUGGCUUGGACUCACAAACAUCCAGACAAUCUUAAGAUGGCCUGUGAAAAGACUGUAUCAGCAAUGCAACAUGUUUUGCAAAGGACCAUCAAGAGUGCAAAGGAUCUGUGACAGAAACCUGACUUCCAUGAAAUAGUGCCCAGCAUAGAUGAGAUCCACUACCAAGCACAUGUGCUGGCCUUGCUUGAAUUAAGAAGAGAAAAAAAGUUAGGUGUGUAUUACAGCUCCCUCCCAGGUAUGCAAAUGGCUGUCAAAUUAAUUCAAUCUCAUCAUAAAACCUGUGUGUGAACACACAAGGUUUCCUGCCUUGCCAAAGAUUUCAAGAUUGCAUUUUUAGUGACCUGAUUGACUGGAGUAUAUACACUGUGGUAAAGUAUCAUGUGCCAGUUAGGUAGUUUACCAUUUCCCUUAAAUGAAGAGGUUUGGUAGCUUGCUAAAAUAUUCAGUACCUCAACCAUUCUGGAGCAUAAAGAGAGGUUCAGGUGAUGUAUGGGGAGUGGUGGGUGGGUUUUUAGGUACUGUACACAGGCCUUGGAGGUAUAACAUGUCUGAACUGUUCCCAUCUGUGCAUAAAUCCAAGAUUCUACUGUCUAGAGGUGCUAAUCCUUUACUAUCAAACUAUUAAAAAUAACCCAUAUCAUAUUUUUGUUUAGAAAGAAAUGACAAUGAGUAGAAUAUAAUGGUGAUUCUACCUCUGAUAGAAUAGUCUUGACUCAGUUUUAUCAGUUUUUCCUUAACCAGGAUUUACUGUGAAAUCUGAGUAUCCCAGUUCAUCUUCUAAUGGCUAGGGGUGAAGUGAAAGGCUGUGUGUUACUUCUUAAGACCAAUUCACUGUUUAUUGCUGUGAGUGAGGGUAUUCUUGCUCCAUGAAUGGAGAAUUAAAUUAAAACACCAUCUAAUAAAUCAGUUCCAUCAGAGGCAGAGUUUUAACACACUAAGCAUUGCUGUUGCACAGUUUCUAUCCCUUUUGAAAACAUAUGCAGGAUGUAGAUUACCCAGGAAUAGUUCUGGGGGUUUAAUGUCCUUGAUACUGAUUUACCAGUACAGUUCCAUCUUCAUGAAUUUACAGUUAUUAACAUUUUACUCUAAAAUAAUUAACAGCUGUGCAUUACAAUUAAAUUUAAACAUGCCGAAACUUAAACAUGCCUAAAUACUUUGGAAAUCAGUACUGAGUCCUGUAUUCUUCUGCAUGCAGCAAUCUCUUUGAAUAUACUGGUGUAGGCUUCCAAGGCUGGUAUCUGUUGAGCAGUGUUGGGCUUCAGGGUUUAGUGCCAGUGGCCUAGACAACAGAUUUCUUGAUGUUUCGCCAGCAGCUGUGGCUGGCAUCUUCAGAGGCAAGGUGGCCACAUUCCCCCUGAAGAUACCAGCCACAGUUGUCGACAAAGCAUCAGGAAAUCUGUUGUCUAGACCACUGUCACUAAACCCUGAAGCCCAACACCGCCCAAUCUCUUUAAAGGUACUAAAUUAGCUUUUAUUCUCUUCUUCUAUUAGUCUUAGGAACAUGCACAGUUAAUUUCAAAUUUUAACCCUCAUUUCUUUGCCCCUUCAUUGUUGAUAUAUUUUUUUAAAGCCUCUUUUUCCACCCACCCACCUCAUAAAUCAUAUGGAACAGAAAAAAACAGGGUAUCAUAGCAAUCCACAGUCCUCCUUCUUUACAGGUAACCAGGGUAUUUUCAUCAUUUUUAUUAAAUAUCCUUUUCUUGGGACCUCUGUGAAAAUCAGAUUCUUGCAAAAGUGCUAUCAUUAAUAUGUGCAACUCCUGAAUCAACUUGUGAAUUCCAGUCUUAGAAUCUUAAAGACUUAUUAACUUUCAUUUAUUAAAAAUAUCUAAAUGAUCUAACCUUCAUAGACCUGAAGGAUUUUUUUUUUCUUUUCUUUCUCCCAAGUGGUCUUCAGCAUCAAACAAGUUUUUCACUUGUGGCCUGUUUUAGGGCUAGGGCAAUAUAAGAUCUUCUCUGUCUUCUGGGAUAGCUUUUCAUCAAUGUGUAGACAUUAAUGUCUCAGACAAGUAUGACAGCACCAUGGGCAGUAAACAGAUACAGACGCAGACUGCCUACAUCUUGCCUGCAGAAAAAAUUAAAAUGUAAACACUAGCAUAUCAUUAAUUGCUUUCAUAAACUAUAUUGGCCAAACAUUGCCUACAUAUCCUAUCCCAGCCUUUCAGUAUGCAAUCUUAGCAUCCAUAUUUGAAGCUAAAAGACAUUUUGAACCACUUGCUGGCCUCUGCGCUCUGUCUUUGAAUCCAUAUUUGCUUCUUUUGCUAGAAAAUGAUAGUAUAAGCACUUUUGGAGCAGAUAACAUUUAUUCAUCCAGCUAACUGAUCAUAGCUUCAAGCAUUCCAUUAGAUGAAUCUUGGUAGAAUUCUGUUUCAGAUUUUACAUAGAAAAGGUCAAAGCACAAGAGAUUCCUACAUUGUCUCCCAGGUCUCUGUAUCAUCCAAAUAUGACUUUACUGGAUCGCUGGUUUGCUGCAGAAAUAACACCUUUAAAAGCCUUGAAAGCUUUAUUUAAAAGUUUAGACCAAGCAAACUCUUCUUUGUUUUUGUUUUGUUUUCGUUUGUCUCUUUUUCAGAAUGUUAACUUUGAGAAAGGACUUCUUUCACUCUACUGUUUUUAACUGUUUGAGGCAAAAUACAGAUUUGUAACAGAUCUGAGAGAAAUACAUUCCCUUUAAAAUAUAAAUCAAUAGGCAAACUCUGUAUCUGAUAAAAGUCUUUCUUGCUGAAGUAUGGAAAAGUUCUUAUAGUUGAUUGAAUUUUGCAGCCAUUUACCUAUUGUUUUCACUUGCAUGAAAUAAACUUUCAGCAGUUAAAAUGUAGGAGGUGUAACAAUCUACUACUGCAAGAGAUUCCUGCCAACAUAGCCAAACAAAGCAGUUAUGUCAGCAAUUGCAAUUCAAACUUUUUGUUUUUUUUUACAUUUUCCACUAUCAGUGUACAAUGCCGUACCUAGAUCCAACACAGUAUUUGGAUUGGGGAAAUACAGCUUUUAUAUAUAUAUACAUAUACAUAUACAUAUACAUACACACACACACACACACACACACACACACACAUAUACAUACAUAUAUACAUAUACAUAUACAUAUACAUAUACACACACAUACAUACACACACACACACGCAUGCACGCACAGAGACUUCAUGUCUGUUAAGCCUAUCCAGUCAUCUAAAAGAGUACAAAACAUUUAAGGGAUCAAAGUUGCAUUCUACUUAUAGCAUUACUAGCAGUUUGGGGAAACUUGAAAAUAGACAGUCACAUCACUCUUGCCCGGUGUUCCAGGAGGUGAAUUAGUUCCAUAAUAUUCCUAAAUCUGUAGCAACUGUCUACAUGUCUUACGUAGAAAAGUAGAUGUUUAAAGCUGCAAUAAUUAAAUAUCUGCUAUCAGUUGAACCUUCCUAGGAGGAGAAUUAAUUUGUCUUUUACAAAAUUAGCUGCCUUUUCCCUUGUCAUGUUAACUAAUAAUGUAUUCACUCAAAUUGAGCAUUUGGAAUUUGUUUUUUUAGAUAAAUGGGAAUAGUUUUAUUUUUAAAAAAAUGAAAGCUUAUUUAAUGAAGAAUUUUAAUUAUGUCAAACUUUCUCAAAUGCUUUCUCUUGUAGAAUAAUCACCAAGCCAGUACAACUGUAACCUUAGCCAGACAUCCAGCUAGUCUGGAAAAAAACAAAAUAAUCCUUUGGGAGGAAAGAAAAGAUCCCUUCAAAAUCAACCUUCAUCUUCAUUUUAUAAUAAAUUUUAAAUAUUACUUUAAAUGACAUAUUUUAGUGCUAAAUAUUCUUUAUCUUUGUUUUUAAUCUUUUGCUGGCUAAUUUUAAUCAUUCCCCUAAUUUUGAGAACGACCCACACUGUUGCUCCUGGUGGUAGACGUUGAUUCUAAUGUUUGAGAGUUAGCAGGAAAGUCACUAAAGAAAAGGAAAUACAUCUUCUCUUUAGUGACUUUCUUGCUGAGUUUCAAACAAUGGAACCAGUGUCUGUAUACAUAAAAAGGUAAAGGUUUCCCUUGACAUUAAGUCCAGUCGUGUCCGACUCUAGGGGGCGGUGCUCAUCUCCGUUUCAAAGCUGAAGAGCCGGCAUUUGUCUGUAGACACUUCCGUGGUCAUGUGGCCAGCAUGACAGUCACAGAACACCGUUACCUGCCUGCCGAAGCGGUACCUAUUAAUCUACUCACAUGUUUUCGAACUGCUAGGUUGGCAGGAGCUGGGACUAGCAACGGGAGCUCACCCCGUCAUGCGGAUUCAAACCGCUGACCUUCUGAUCAGCAAGCUCAGCAGCUCAGCGGUUUAACCCGCAGCGCCACCGCAUCCCUGUCUGUAUACAUACAUACAUACAUACAUACAUACAUAUACGCACAUAAACCCACAUGUAUACACACUUAAAUGUUCAGUACAUUACCACUGAUCAUUGGUAGUUGCUGAAAUUUUUAAUUGCUUUAAUUUCUCUGAUUUUUCUCAUAUAUAUAUAUAUUGCAUGGAACAUUGACUGAUUCAGUUUUCCUAUAACUGUCUUUUCUUUUAGACAAGCAGUUCCAAAUACUUUUGGAACCAGAAGUACACAAAGCUACUAACAAAUACUCUCUUUUCUGCCUUUAUGUAUUAACAUAUUAAUUUAAAGGAAUGAGCAUUUAAUAGAGUUCUUGUCCUACUCACAGGCCCAUCCAUGGCAUUUUUAGCCUCAACUGAGUCUCAGUAUAUGCACCGUAGAGAUGACUAUUCCCCAAGCAUACAUGUUAGGCACCAGCACUGUCCCCACAUAUCUGUUUUUGCCUGGAAUGAGAUAUAAAGAAGCCGGCAGUAUCCAAUCAUAUAUCUCUGUCCAUGUUUUCCCCAAAGAGAAGUGAAAUGGAUCAGAAGAGAGGCAAGGAUUCACUGUAGCCAUAAGUGAGGUUUGGGUAACGCAUAGGCAUCAAAAUAUCUAAAGUCCUAAAGAACAUUGACAUUAUUUUUUAAAAAUGCUAUGUUCUGACAUGGGAUCUUAUCAUUCUUAUGUGGGAACUCAGGGUAAGCAAGCCAAUUGUAUGUGAGUUUGGCAUUACAAAAAAAUACAGUAACAUGCUUGGCACCUCCACUGUUGUAUGAGAUUGUAUAAUGGUACCCACCAUCUCAAAAGGUUAUCAGUCCCUGUCAUAAAUUAUAGCAAAUUCACUGGCUGGAUUAUCCAAACAAUAAAGUGAUUUACCUGGCUUGGUUUUAGUGUGUGAAACCAGCCAUUAUGGUCGAUACAUGCUAAUGUGUGAACCCAACUAUCUUUUCCAGCAUCAGCAACUUAAGAUAGUGUGUAUUUUAAUACUGGCAGAGCUAUAACCAUCUUGACAUAUAACACCAAACUGAAUAACUACUACAACUUUUUACUAGUUGUUUUAACGAAAAUGAAUGAUGGUCAUAAUCUGUUACUCAUAUGUAUUCCACUUUUGGCAAGGACUUUUUCGGUACCUCUGUGAAACUAAUUUUUAUUACUAUGGUUUGAAUUAUUUGUGAUUCAUAAGGAGCUAACUAUGUUAUAAACAAAUUUGUAACUGAGUUCUGGCAUGCUUAGAUUUUAAACAAAAUAGCUUCAGGAGAUGACAUGUUGGGCAUAGAAACCAGGAAAUGGUUAGGCAUUUUGUUAUCUUUCUGAAGAUACUUUUUUCUUUAAAAUGUACUGAGUGAGGAGCCUCUACUACAUUUGCACAUAAACUUUUACUAACUCCUCAGCAGGACCAAAAUUCAUAUAAGAAGUAUCUUCCAAGCUUAAAUUAACUUUAAUGUAUUCAGUUCUUUCUGACAACCUUGAACAUAAUGACAUGUAGAAAAUAAGUAGAAACACAUUUGUGAAAACAUAUUAAUCUUUGCUUUUUAACAUGCUUUUAGGAAGCAUACACAUAUAUUAAAACUGCUUCUUUUUGAUAUUUCUUUACCAAACUGUAUUCAAAAUACAACAAAUCUAAUGAGCGCAAUACUUUACAAAGAAUUUAGAGGACCAAGAUUUCUAGCUAAAGAUACUGCCUUGUUGAGUACCCUUAUCUGUAUCUUAACUGGAUGGUAUUAGUUAUUUUCUGUCUGGUACUGUGUUCACACUUGUUUCUUGAUUUACAAUAUAGAGCAAGAAAGAUUGUAAUAAAAUUAUCUUUGUUCAAUAAUACUGUGCAUAACUAUGGUUAGAUUUUCUUUUUGUUUUCAACUACGUCAAACAAAACCAGAUUAGUUUUAUCGUGUUGUUGAAUCAGGUGGCCUUUAAUUAAGUUUUUUUCAUUACUUGAUGUGAACAUAAUCAGCAUGUGAAAUGCCUAGAAAGGGUCAAUUGUCAAAUAACCAUGAGUUCAUACAGAAUAACAGGUAAUAACAGGUUGAGUAUUUUCAUUCUAAAGUGGCAUGGUUAUCUGUAUCCUUUAAGCUGUAUGGAGCAGGGCUAUACAAAGCUUUGGAUAUUAUUUUCAAAAGUUUAUUUGGAACAUUCAGGAGCACAAAGGUAGUACUUGUCUGCAGUACAUUAAAUCAGCCAUUUCAUUUCCCAAGACUGAACAGCUGCUUUGAAGUACUGCAUGCAGGUCCUGUGUUUGCAUUCCGAAGUACCUUUUGGAAAUCAAUUCCAAAGGACUGCGUAGCCCUUGUAAAGAGGUUUUUAUGUAUAUAAAGUGCAGGUAAAAUGGGUGAUGAGCAUUUCACCACGUAUUCUGCACAUGUGCCAAGUUUGAUGUGUUUACAAAGUAAUGUAGGGAUAUUCCAAAUAACACUUGCAAAGCUGAAACUGGACUUCAGAAAUUGUCAGAUUACUUAAGCAAUGAACUUAAUUCUGUUCCCAGCUUCUGAUUAUUGUUGAUUUGGUGGCUGUAAUCCCAGCAAUAGUCCAUGGUCUUUAAAUUAUGGCUGGAUAAGGGGUGGAUCAGUGCUGGCCACUAGAUUAAAUUACCUUUGCACUCUCAUAUUCAGUACCAAGAUGGUUGGGAGAAAGUAUACACUGAUUGACUGUAUUUUUGAUGAAUUAUUCUGUACUGUGAGCUGCUUACAGAAAGAUCUGCAUUUACAAGAGCUAGAAAACCUCUAAUGGGAAAAGAGUACUAGAGCCAGCAAUAGCAACUAAUAAAUAGACUCCCUCAUUCCAUUUUUUUUUCAAGAGUCUCUUGCUCUUAAACUUGAAAUGUUGUGGACCAUGUCUGUUGGUGAUGUAAACUGUGACCUAAUAUUUCCCCUCUCCAGAGGGAACGUAGUUAGAGAUCAUCCCUUACAAACUUAAAUCACAAUGUUAAUCGCAAGGCAACAUGACUUGGAAUGCUUAUUGAACAGGCUGCAAUCUGAGAACUUUUUACUAUCUCAUUCAAAAAUAAUAUGCCUUGUUAGGUGUUGAACAGUUAAUAGAUCAGCUGCAUGGGAAAUGGCAUCAGAAUUCCAGCUUAAUUAGAAUACUGAAGUUCCUCCUUUAGGGAUGCUACAUACGCAAAUGCAUUUGUGCCUUCUCAGAGUUUUAAGAAGUGUAAAAGUAAGUCCUUAAAAUAAAACCUAAAAGAAGGGAACUUGGAAGUGUAACUGGCAAAACAUAAAAAGCAAAUAUAAAAGCAAAUAUAAAAUUACCCCCUGUUUCCAUUGGAUUAAAGUGAGGCUGUGGAGAAGGGUGUGAUAAUUUUGGCAUUUUAAACUCUUCUGAUCAUCCAACUGCAUACCGUUUUCCAAAAUUCUAGUCCUGGGUCUGGAUGAUGCCAUCCAAAGACAAUUGGUACCUGUGCAACUGGGACCUAGUACUCCAAGUCUGCCUGCCUUUUUUGAGCAAAAAUGUAUUCUUGAGCUUAAGACUUCUAUUAAAAAAUCAUGGUUUGGGUACAUUUAAAAAACAUAAAAUAGAGGAAGCACAUAGAAGAUACUGCUAAAUUGUGCCAUAUGUUAAUAAGUGGAAAUUAUGUGUAUCCUUGACAUACUGCCUUUCAUUGCAUUGCUACUUAGAAUAAUAAUUGUGUCUAAAAGAAUGUGGCAUGUGUACUCUGUGUGUGUCUUGAAGUUCUAUGUACAUGAAAUUAAAGUAGAAUUUGAAGGCUUAGCAGUGCAGGCCUUCAGCAAGGGAAAUAAAAUUAUAUAUUUUUAUAGACAGUUGUACAAUUUUAGGUCUCAGCUACAGCACAUCACAUCAGCUUCUUCCAAGAAUGUAAAGCUGCAAGAUUGGAUAGAAGAGGGUGGCUGUGGAAAUGAGAAAGAUAGUUCAAUCAAUCCCAACAGCCCUAGAUGGAUUUAAUUAAUAAAGAUGCCUUUGAAAUAUAUUUUUAGCUCUAAAAUAUUAAAUGGAGAAAUAUUUGCGAGCAAACUUUCUAUGUCUAUGACAUUUGUGUAGUGCUUUGUAUUGAAGAAAUCAAAUGGUUCUAUGUUUAUACUUCUUAUUAAUUGUUCUUGGAUUGUAGGGACAAUAAGUAGACAAAUUGUUUUUAUUCCAGAAAAAGAAUCUGUGUGAUGUGCAACUGUGUAUAACUGUUAGUGGCCACUGUCCCAAUGAAAAAUGUUGUUUGUAUAUUUUCUGGUUUGGCACAUGUGACUUUUAUCCAUUUUGUAGUAAAGUUUACAUGCUAAAAUAUGUAAUAAGUAGGAAGAUAAUAAUAAAGUCAAUGAACUAUC